UCAAUAAUCCAGUGAAAAAUUGCGGCAGAUUCAGUGAGAAGCUAGUGAAUGGAAGGAGUUCCUUACAAGGAUAAAAAUGACCUUUGAAGAAUUUUGUGGAGGUCCUUUCUGGGACGACACCCUAACAUGGCGCAAAGAGGACCCGGAUCUGACGUUCUGCUUCCAACGGAUCAUCCUGCAGUGGGUGCCGUGCUUCUUCCUGUAUGUGUUCAGCGUGUACGAAGUGUACGGCAUCGUCGUUAGCCGCUACCGAGACAUCCCCUGGAACUGGCUCAAUGUGACCAAGAUGGUGUGCACCUUCGCCUUGAUGGUGCUCUCGUGGAUCGAUCUCGGGAUGGUUGUGAACUAUCAGAAUCAGGAGGACGUUUUCGACGUUCAAAUUUUGGUUGCGAUUUUUAACGCGAUUGCCUACAUAUUACUGCUGGUGCUGUACUACUUCUUCCGGAAGUACGGAAUCCGCACCUCGGGAACGGUAUUCAUCUUCUGGUUCCUUAAAGCCUUCUUCGGCAUCAUCCAGAUGCGAACGGAAGCAAUGCUGCAUCAGGCACGGGACACGGCCAUCGGCGCUAGUGGCGUAGUCGUCUUCGCGGAAUACCAAUUCGUAAGCUACACCCUGCAGUACGCGUUCUGUUGCCUGGUGCUGCUGCUGGAGAUUCUUCCCGAUCAGGAACCUCGUUACAGUGACCAUCCGAAGGCCGUCAAUCCGAGUCCCGAGUUGAGAGCGAGCUUCUUCGCGAAGAUAUUGUUUAUGUACUUCGACACCUUUGCAUGGCGUGGAUUCCGGAAGCCGUUGAACGAUGAGGAUAUGUACGAUUUGAAUCCGGAUGAUACUUCGCGAGAGCUGGUUCCACCAUUCGACAAGUAUUGGUACGAGAGUGUAGAGCGGGGUCGCAAGAAGCAGGUAGCCGCCGAUAAGAAAGCUGGCAAGGUGAAUCCCGUGUAUAAGCCUCAUACGACGACGAACGGCUCAGUUUUACCAGCGAUGGUGAAGGCUUAUGGAGGUCCGUUUUGGUUUGCUGGGUUGAUUCAGAUAGGAAUUUCCGGGCUGCAGUUCGCUUCACCUUAUUUGAUGCAGGAGCUGAUGGGUAACAUUGCCAUGAGUGGUCCAUUCUGGUUGGGAAUGAUGAUAACAUUCGCACUGUUCUUCAACUCGCUGCUGAUUGCACUGUUCAACGGUCAGUACUUCAAGAAAACCUUCACCGUCGGGUUCCGUAUUCGAACGGGCUUGGUCAGUGCCAUCUACCGGAAAGCUCUGCGGAUAUCCAGCUCGGCCAAGAAAGAAACCACCGUUGGAGAAAUUGUCAACUUGAUGGCUGUCGAUGCGCAGCGAUUCUUCGAAUUGACGUCCUACAUGCACGUACUUUGGUCUGCUCCGAUCAUCAUCGGUGUUUGUAUUUUCUUGCUUUACGAGAUCCUGGGACCGGCUGUAUUCGCUGGUUUGGGAGUGAUGGUGAUCAUGAUUCCUCUAACCGGAUUCAUAGCAAAACGGUUGCGUGAUCUGCAAGUAGCUCAGAUGAAGAUCAAAGACGAGCGAGUAAAAAAGAUGAACGAAAUUCUUAGCGGAAUGAAGGUGUUAAAGCUGUACGCUUGGGAGCCAAGCUUCCAGUCUGACAUCGUAUCUGUAAGAGCAGAAGAAAUCGACAUUCUACGAGGCAUGGCCUACUACGGAGCUGCAACGUUCUUCGUAUGGAGUAUGGCUCCGUUUCUUGUAACUCUAGCAUCAUUCGCCGUCUUUGUUAUGAUCGAUGAAAACAAUAUCCUGGAUCCUCAAACAGCAUUCGUAUCACUAGCCCUCUUCAACAUCCUUCGAUUCCCAUUGGCUAUGUUCCCAAUGAUGAUAACGUUCGCCAUGCAGGCCUGGGUUUCAAUCAAACGAAUCAACAAGUUCAUGAACAGUGAAGAACUGGAUCCCUCUAAUGUUACCAACAACCGAAGCGAGAAUGCUCUAGCGAUCAACGACGGAACGUUCACCUGGGGCGAGGAACAACCGACCUUGAAGAACAUCAAUCUGACCUUGGCGAAGGGUAAACUUUCGGCUGUUGUAGGAAGCGUCGGUACCGGUAAGAGUUCACUGAUUUCGGCAAUACUUGGAGAGAUGGAAAAGAUUAAAGGUACCGUCAAUACGGAUGGCUCGAUUGCUUACGUUCCGCAACAGGCCUGGAUUCAGAAUGCCACCCUGAAGGAGAACAUUCUUUUCGGGAAGCCCUUCGACGCCCAACGGUACGACAAGGUUCUGGAAAGUUGUGCCUUGAAGCCGGAUCUUGCUAUGCUACCGGGUGGAGAUAUGACCGAAAUCGGUGAGAAGGGUAUCAACCUGUCUGGAGGUCAGAAGCAGAGAGUUGCCUUGGCUCGCGCUGUCUAUGCUGACUCACAAAUCUACCUGUUUGAUGAUCCUUUGAGCGCGGUUGAUGCUCAUGUUGGAAAGCACAUCUUCGAAAAGGUCAUCGGACCUAACGGAAUGCUCGUAGGUCGAUCGAGACUGUUGGUCACGCAUGGAAUUUCGUUCUUACCUUUUGUGGAGGAAAUUUUCGUCAUGAAAGAAGGUGAAAUAUCAGAAAGUGGUUCUUACCAAGAACUACUGGAUCAAAAGGGUGCUUUUGCAGCCUUCCUCACCGAGCACAUUCAGGAUCUGGACGAGGAAGAUGAAGAAAUUCAGAUGAUUCAGCAAACCUUGCAGGACGAUAAAUCGCGGAACAUUGUGCAGCGAGCGAUGUCAACCCGUUCAAGUGGAAGUGGAGGCAGUGGAGGAAGCACCAGGAGAAAGAAAUUCAGCCGACAAGAGUCAAGAGUCAGUAAUUCGGCGAAGGAAGGAGCUCCAACAACUCCAGCGAAGGGGACAACCUUGAUAGAGAAGGAAGAAUCGGCCGUCGGAUCUGUCGCAUACGCCGUGUACCUGAAAUACUUCAAAGCUAUCGGGUGGAAUAUGGCUUUCUGGGCGAUAGCAUUCAGUGUUGUGAAUCAAGCUUCGGCUAUCUACGGCAACAUCUGGUUGACAAAUUGGUCUGAGGAUCCGGAAGCUGCAACAGAUUCUUCAGUACGUGACAUGUACCUCGGAGUGUACGGUGGUUUGGGAGGCGUGCAAUCGCUGUCGCUCCUGUUUGCCUCGAUUGUCCUUGCCCUAGGUUGUCUGAAGGCUGCCAACACCAUGCACAACAAUUUACUGGAGAGUACAUUCCGAAUGCCGAUGUCGUUCUUCGACACAACUCCUCAGGGUCGAAUCAUGAAUCGGUUUUCGAAGGACGUAGAUGUUGCCGAUAACACCCUUCCACAGUCGAUUCGAAUGUGGCUGCUGAUGUUCUUUAACGUCAUUGGAGUGUUCAUAGUAAUCGGUAUAUCGACCCCGAUUUUCCUCGCCGUCGUACCAGCGUUCAUGGUCAUCUACUAUAUAAUUCAGCGUUUCUACAUCGCAACUUCUCGGCAGCUAAAACGUCUGGAGUCGGUAACGCGGAGUCCGAUCUACUCCCACUUUGGGGAGACGAUUACUGGUCAAUCUACGAUUCGAGCAUACAAUCAACAGAAUCGGUUCACUCAGGAAUCGGAGAAGCGAGUCGACUACAACCAGUUGAUGUCUUAUCCGAGUAUUAUCGCUAACCGGUGGUUGGCCAUUCGUCUGGAAAUCGUGGGAGCUUUGGUGGUAUUCUUCGCAGCAUUGUUCGCUAUGUUGAGUCGAGACACUAUCGGAGCUGCUAUGGUUGGCUUGUCAAUCACUUAUGCGCUGCAGAUCUCCGCUACUUUGAGUUUCUUGGUGAGGAUGACUGCUGAAGUAGAGACCAACAUUGUAGCUGUCGAGAGAUUGGAAGAAUAUACCGUUCUUCCGAGGGAAGCCGAAUGGCAAAAGGGAACUGUAGACAAAGAAUGGCCUCAAACGGGCAACGUAGACUUCAACGACUACAAAAUUCGUUACCGAGAAGGUUUGGAUCUGGUUAUUCGAGGUAUCUCUCUGGGUGUCAAGGGUGGAGAAAAGAUCGGUAUCGUGGGUCGAACCGGAGCUGGAAAGUCUAGUUUAACCCUAGGCCUGUUCCGUAUUGUUGAAGCAGCAGGAGGAAAAAUUUCCAUUGACGGAUUGGACAUUUCCCAAAUGGGUUUGCACCAGUUGAGAAGCCGUUUGACCAUCAUUCCUCAGGACCCGGUUCUGUUCUCUGGUUCGCUUAGAAUGAACGUUGAUCCGUUUAAGAGUUACUCGGACGAUCAGGUGUGGAAGGCCUUGGAACUCUCCCAUCUGAAGUCCUUCGUUAAAGGCUUGACCGCAGGCUUGGAACACGAGGUAGCCGAGAAUGGAGAAAACCUUUCCGUCGGACAGCGCCAGUUGAUCUGUUUGGCCCGUGCUAUUCUGAGAAAGACCAAGGUUCUGAUUUUGGACGAAGCUACAGCGGCAGUCGAUUUGGAAACGGAUGAUUUAAUUCAGGUAAAUCCAUACACUCUCACAGAUGAAAAAGUUCUUACUCUUUUUUUCAAAUUCCAGAAAACAAUCCGGACGGAGUUUGCCGACUGUACGAUUCUGACGAUCGCCCAUCGUUUGAACACCAUUUUGGACUCGGAUCGGGUUCUGGUGCUUGACAAGGGACUGGUUGCGGAGAUCGAUUCGCCGCAGAAUCUGCUGGCCAACAAGAAUUCUAUCUUCUACGGAAUGGCGAAGAACGCCGGCAUCGUGAGCUAGAAUGACAAGCGAAAAUGUGAUAGAAUCUCUACUGCUGCUGCUGCUGGAAACAAAGGAUAAGAAGCCUACUAUGGAAGUGUUUGGACGAAUUCGCCGAACAGCUCACAAUACUCUUCGCACAUGUGCAUAUGCUAAGUGUUUCGGAACCCUUUAAAAUAUGGCUUAAUAUCAAAAAGUAUUUUAAUUGUAGUGAAUUAUAAUAUUCGCAAAUAAAGUAUUAACAAACCA